AUGGAUCCGAAAGUUCUGAAGAAAUUGCCGCCUACGCUUGCAGGGUUUUUACGAAGACACUCAGCUGCAAGUAUAGAAGGUGGUGCAGCAGCUGCAAAUCUAUUUAAAUGUGUUAAAAAUAAAGAAACUGGUUGUUGGAAAGAUCCAAUCUAUUCCUUACGCCGUCAAGCGGUAUUACGUAAAGAGGCUGAAAGGUAUGGCUUUUCAGAAUGGUUGCCAACUCGAAAGGACUCUAAACGAGCGCCAAUGAAUGGUAUUUCUCGAUGGAAAGGUACUCUUGACGAACGUACACGUGCACAGAGGAUUGCACGGAUACAAAAGGCAUUGGAGGAACAACCACAGAAAAUAGCUGUUUGGAAAGCGGAAAAGAAGAAAAAACUAAGCGAAAAGGAUAUUUUUAUCUCGUAA